CAAAGAUGGAGGCGUCUGACCAUGAUUACAGUUACCCUCUCGCCAAUGCUGAGGCUGAACACCAACAACUCCAUGUAACAGUUCAGACGGGGCGUUCACUGCCGUCUGUGAAAAAGUGUCUCUGCUGUCCAUCUCCACAGUAUCACUGUCCGUUUUGCGGGCCGGGAUUUUUUAAGCCCACAAAACUGUCAAAGGUCAAGAUCCAUAUGGACGGACAUUUUAAUAAGGCAGUUUCCUAUCUAGAUUACACCAUUCAUAGAUGUGGACUCAGUUGCAGGAAACGGCAACACUUUCACUGUCUGUAUUGCACGGCUACCGUACUCAGAAAAAGAGACCUUAAAGUCCAUCUUUCAUUCUGCCACAUGAAACACACCCGAACAGCGUCUGUUCAGACAUCAGACUCUUCAGCGCCGGCACAGGACUCAAACCCCACACGGUCUACCCAGGACUCAAAACCUGUACGGUCUACCCACAUCGCAAAUCCUAGAAAACCUGCUUACUGCACAAAGUUAGAGGAAGUACUGCCUUCAUGGCUUAACGACGCUCCCCUCUGUCUCACGCUCCGGGACCCUCUAGUUCACACAUGCUCAGAGAAAACCUCUGCGCUCGAGCCGCUUCACUCUCCGGACCUUGUUGGCACAUGUGUGAAAGAGAAUAAAAUAAAGAUGGCCGAAGACCACGACUAUGGUUCCAACCUUUCUGAGGCUGAACCAAAGGAGAACAAACUCCAUAUUACAGUUCAGACGGGGCGUUCACUGCCCUUUGUGAAAAAGUGUCGCUGCUGCCCCUCUCCACGGUAUCACUGUCCGUUUUGUGCUCUAGAAUUUUUCAAACCCACAAAACUAUCAAAGCUCAAGAUUCAUUUGAGUGGACAUAUUAAAAAAGCAAUUCCCCAUGGAGAUUACACCAUUCAUAGAUGUGGACUCAGUUGCAGGAAACAGCAACACUUUCACUGUUUGUAUUGUACGGCUACCGUACUCAGGAAAAGAGACCUGAAAGUCCAUCUUUCAUGCCACAUAAAACAUACAAGAACUUCUCCAGCUUCUGACCAGAGCUUAAACUCUUCUUUUGAGAUGCCUACCCCAACCCUGACCCCUACAUCCUCUGCCCAGACACUAAAUCCUGUAACAUCUGUCCUGAGCCCAAACCCAACAUCGCUUCCCCCCAACCCCAGAAAGCUAGCUUAUAGCACUAAGUUAGAGGAAGUACUGCCUUUAAGACCAAUCAAAACUGACCCGUAUAGCCUUCCUCAGAGCCCUCGAGGUCCAACAUGUGUCAAACAACUUUCUGUGGUAAAUCCUCGCUGCUCUCCAGACUGUGGUGGUACAGAUGUGAAUGAAGACGGAGGCUCAGGACCAUGAUGGUUCCAACAUUGGCGAGCAAUCAUGGAGGAAAACAAAAUCGCACCAUUCGUAGAUGUGGACUCGGUUGCAUGAAACAGCAACUGCACAGCUACGGUACUCAGAAAAAGAGACCUUAAAGUCCACCUUUCAUUCUCCCUCAAGUGCUUUUUCUUCAUCCAAGGAUUUAAGCUUUGAGACUCUUGAAGAAGACCAUGUGUCCAGUUGCCCAGACCUCACGCCAUAUAUGACUCAGAGCAGAAGCUCUGUGGACUCAUAAAAAAACCUGUCGCUGCUAACUUGAUAUUUUGAGUUAUGGUUGUAGAAACCUCAUGUGAAGAUGUGAAGAUUUAUUUUCCUACAAAUGAUACUUUGAUAUUCACAUUAUGGUCAAAUUGUGACAUUCUGUUCAUUCAAUGCUGAUUUUCAAAAAUAAACGCAAUUUUUUCACUGAACAGCAACUUUAUGUUACGUUAAGAUAUAACAGAUGUAUCUUAGGUUGACAUCAGGUUCACCUAAGACAGAUAUUUAAGUGCAUACUGGUUAAACCAAGACCAGUGUGUAUGUAUGUA